CUCCAGACACCGCCGCUGCAGAACACAUAAUCUGCGACAUCGCGGAGUGUUUAAGGAAAACUGAAAAUGAAUUCCCUUCUCUUCUUCUCGUGUUUGGGGACUUUAGUCGCAGGUGACAUUUAUAUGCACAAUCCAAGAGGAAGCAACAAUCGUCUUAAUGAAGCUCGGAGAGAGAGAAAUAAUGCAAACAGGUUAUUUGACUCUCAGAACAAUAACCGUGGUGGAUACAAUGUUGGAAAGUUAUAUUACUAUGAAGGCUCAGUCCUGUCUAUUGAGUGGACAAAUCAACAUUCUUGUGCAGACCCUAACAACCAUUGUGAUAUGAUUUUACAGUACAUGUGUGGGGAUGAUGUACGCGAUGGAAUCACUACACAAACCAUUCCAGACAAUCCUGCAUUGUGCCAGAAUUAUGACUGUAACAGUGAUGUUAGGUGAGUAAUGCA